CGAGAGUGAACGGGCGGGCUGUUGGCGCACGAAAACUGAAAUCCUUUUGUUUCAAAAGAAAUUUUAUAAAAAAAAACUAAUUAAUUAGUUGAAUUAACAAUUAGGCCACCAAGUGCAAUAUAUAGUUAAUAAAUUGCUUUUGAAAAAAUAAGGAGUAACGAUAAAGAGUGCAGCGAAGUUGUGCACACAAAGGAAAUUAAUGUAAAGUCAGCGCCAGUUAAGGUGACUCAUACCAAUACACUGCCAUUAUCACUGCCUGUUGCUGCGUCCGCAUUGCGUUCCCAGCAUUGAAAAACGAAACGAGCAUUUACACCCCAUUGUCCUCGAGCCUAAAUAAGGCAAAAGCUGCCUCACCCAAUAUGGAAGAAGAGCGAGAGCUUGGCAUGCUUAGAAAGCAUCGUGAACAAAUACUAAAUAACAUUGACGAGCUGAUCAGCUGCACCAAUUACGAGCAACUUGUUAGGGAGACAUUGCGCAGCGGCCUCAUUUCUCCGACAAUGCGCGACAAUCUGAAAGACCUCGACGGUGCACAGUAUAAAAAACUGUUGAGCGCAGAUCAACAACAAACCGAGCUGCAUAGAAAUUUCUUUAAGAAGAUAACCAAACGUGGUCCCACUGCCUAUGACGAUCUCAAGGAAAUUUUGCAGCAACUGGGCUUUAGAUCAGCUUUGCGCAUACUGCAAAAUGUGGAUGACGAUAGCAAUGACGAUUUUCAGUCUUGUACCCGCAUCAAACGGCUUUCAUCCAAGGAUAUUGUUGAUAAUUGUGCCAACAGUCAACCAGACGACCAAACAGCCACAACUGAGAGCAGAUUGCCCUACAAAUAUACGAAUGGACCACUGACGCCAUUUACUGAACCCAUCGAUGGACCCAAGCGCCAUGUUGUUCAGGCAGAAGAAAUACAUACAGAUCAGAACUUGGGAACGUAUUCUAUGCAGUCGGAGCAUAAUCGUGGCGUCCUGUUGGUAGUCAACAUUAUAGACUUUACUCUUGCGACACGCAGGCGCAAUGGUGCUGAAAAGGAUGGCAACUCUUUGAUUGACAUCUUUCGUCAAAUGGGCUUUACGAUAUUUUCAUAUGAGAAUCUGAAGCAGGACCAGUUCUUUGAUCUGCUAAAUCGUCUCACUAGCUCGGAUUUCGUGCGCAAUACUGAGUGCUUUGUCAUGGCGCUAAUGACACAUGGAGCACGCGAGAAGGAAGUUGACAAAGUGGAGUUUACCGAUGGCUCGUUUGAGAAAGUGCGCGCCAUCAUUGACCACUUUCAAGUCGCCUCUUGCCCCAAUUUGUAUAAUAAACCCAAGGUGCUAAUAUUUCCAUUCUGUCGCGGCGAUGCUCCCGACAAAGGUCAACCAGAGCCGGAGGUCGCUAAAGAGCAGCGGCCAGCCAUUGAAUACGAUGGUGUAAAGACCAACGAGACUGUGAAAAAACGCAAUGUUUCCACAUUGUCGGACUUGAUGGUUUGCUAUGCCACAACACCGGGUCAUGAGACACAUCGUGAUCCCUUGGAUGGCAGCUGGUAUAUACAGAAAUUCUGUGAUGUUAUGGCCGAACAGGCGCACAACACACACAUGGAGGAUAUGUUGAAGAAGAUACAACAAAAGUUGUCCAAAAUGCGUGCCAAUAAUAAUGCCCUGCAGACGGGCAGUUAUGAGAAUCAUGGGUUUGAUCGCAAGCUCUACUUUAAUCCUGGAUAUCUGCCCAAGUAAACACUGCCAAGCAACACAAAGCAAUUCUCUGACUGAUUUUGCAUUUAUACUGGACGACU